AUGAACGGGUUUGUGGCGGAGCAUGGGGUGGGAGGUCAUGAAGGGGAAGGAGCAGCCUACCCAGGAGAACCGACAGGGGAAGGGAGAGGCUACGCGCAAGGGGAAGGGGGAGGAUACGCGUCAGGGGAAGGGGGAGGAUACACGACGGGGGAAGGGGGAGGAUACGCGACGGGGGAAGGGGGUGGAUACGCGACAGGGGAAGGGGGAGGAUACACGACAGGGGAAGGGGGAGGAUACGCGACAGGGGAAGGGGGAGGAUACGCGACGGGUGCACGGGGGGGAUACGCGCAAGGGGAAGGAGGCGGAUAUGCGACAGGGGAAGGGGGAGGAUACGCGACGGGUGCAGGGGGAGAAUACGCGACAGUGCAAGGGGAAGGAUACGAGCAAGGGGAAGGGGGGGGAAACGAGACAGGGGUAGGGGGAGGAUACGCGACCGGCGCAGGAGGAGAAUACGAGACAAGGGAAGGGGAUGGGUACGAGGGCGAGGAAGGGGGCGAGGACGGGGGAGAGGAAGGGGGAGAAGACGAGGGAGAGGAAUGGGGGGAAGAAGAGGGUGAGGAAUGGGGAGAAGACGGGACAGGGGAACAAGGUGCAUACGCGUCGGGGGAAGGGGGAGUACACGCGACAGUGCAAGGGGGAGGAUACGUGACAGAGGAAGGGGGAGGAUACGGGACAGUGCGAGGCGGUGAAGACGAGGGAGACAAAUGGGGAGAAGGCGGGACAGGGGAACAAGGUGCAUACACGGCAAGGGAAGGGGGAGUACACGCAACAGUGCAAGGGGGAGGAUACGAGGGAGAGGAAGGGGGAGAAAAUGGGACAGGGGAAGGGGGAGGAUACGCGGCAGGGGAAGGGGGCAGAUACGUCGUAAGGGGGGGGAAAGUCUAUGAGGAACAGGAAGGGGGGGAGUUUGCGGCGCAGGGUGAGGGAGGAUACGAGGCAGAGGAGGGGGGGAGAGUCAUGGCCGAAGGCGGGGAAGACGGUCGGGCGAGAGAUCCUGCCGAAGGCGAUGGUGCGCUGAACGCAGCGGUGCGACAGGAGGCACAUGAAGGCGGGGAGGACGACGCUGAGGAUGAUGAUGUUGAACGUAUGCUGUACCCUGUCAGGCCGGUUGCGGAAGCAAGCCGUGGCUCCACGAUGGAUGAAAGUGAGGAGGAGGCAGCCGCGAUCAUGCGGGGCAAGGCCAAGUGCAUGGCGACCCUAAACAUGGAUGAGGGCACGGGCGCGGCAAAGCACGGGGCAGAGGGCGGGGAGAAGGGCGAGGUGGGCGAGCAGGGCGGGGCGGAGGGAGAGGAGGGCGAGGCAGAGGACAGGAUGAUGGAGAGGGGGAAGGGCGUGAAGGGCGAGGCGGCGGCCGAGCAGGGCGGGGCGGAGGGAGAGGAAGGCGAGGCAGAGGACAAGAUGAACAAGAGGGAGAAGGGAGUGGAGGGCGGGGCGUCGGGCGUGGAGGGCGCGGCGGAAAUCGUGGAGCGGGUCAACUUGGCCGCGGGGCUGGAGGUAGAGGAAGGGGCGAAGGAAUGGGACGAGGAAGAGGAAGGGGUGCCACAGCCCGCUCUCUGCCAUCUUUCCACCCUUGCCUCCCUGCCAUUGACAGGAGAUGCACGGAGGAGGAGGGAGGGAGAGGCGGGGGUGUGCAUGGUCCUCUCUGCUCCUUUCCUAUUGGGCUAUUUUCAGGCCCGCUGUUCUCACCCAGCCCGCUCUCUGCCAUCUUUCCACCCUUGCCUCCCUGCCAUUGACAGGAGAUGCACGGAGGAGGAGGGAGGGAGAGGCGGGGGUGAAAUCGAUAUGCCUUCGUAA